CCUUUUUGGCCUUUUUUGAUUUGUCAAAUCAUUAUUACAAGUAAAAUAAGGUGAAAACGAAGGUAGUCCCGUGGGAUCCCCGGUGGGUAGGCGUGGAUGCUAAUAUAUAGCCUGGAGAGAGAGGAGUGGAGCUGCAUCUUUGCAAACAGUUAAAAAAUACUAACUUUAAGAAGCAAAUUAAGAGCCUCCAAGGAACAGGUCAUUCAAGUUUUGUCUUGUUCGUUGUUCAGCCAACAUGGCAGACAUAAACAUCGCCGGUGUGGUAUCCAUUGUUGUGUUUUAUCUGUUGAUACUUCUCGUUGGCCUGUGGGCGGCUCGUCGGCGGAAGGAAGGUGAAGAAGAAGCCAUGCUGGCCGGCAGAAGUAUCGGAAUAUUUGUGGGUACAUUCACCAUGACAGCAACAUGGGUGGGCGGAGGAUACAUUAAUGGUACAGCAGAAGUGGUGUUUGACACAGCACAAGGUCUUGUUUGGACACAGGCUCCCUGGGGAUAUGCUUUGAGUUUGGUUAUAGGUGGCUUGGCCUUUGCCAAAAUCAUGCGCAAAAAAGAGUACUUCACUAUGCUUGAUCCCUUCCAAGAAAAGUACGGUCCGCGCAUGGGCGGACUGUUGUACAUUCCUGCUCUGUUGGGUGAAAUAUUUUGGUCUGCAGCUAUCCUGGCUGCUCUUGGAGCCACCAUCAGUGUGGUGAUUAGCCUAGAUGAAACUACCUCCGUUAUUGUCUCCGCUUGUAUCGCUAUUUUCUACACUCUGAUUGGUGGACUAUACUCUGUCGCUUACACGGAUGUCAUCCAACUCGUCUGCAUCUUCGUAGGAUUGUGGCUCAGUAUUCCCUUCGCCAUGACACAUUCAGCAGUAAGCAGUAUUUCAGACACAUCCACGCAGUGGGUUGGUGAAUGGUCCAACACAUAUGUCGGAGUAUGGCUCGAUUUUGCGUUGUUGCUGACAUUUGGUGGUAUUCCAUGGCAAGUUUACUUUCAGCGAGUGUUGUCCUGCAAAACAGCAGCUAAGGCCAGGGGUCUUUCCUUCGCAGCCUCGUUCGGAUGUAUCCUAAUGGCUAUUCCGGCGGUCCUCAUUGGAGCGAUUGGUCGGUCUGCAGACUGGACCAAGACAGAUUACUUUAAGCCGUCUGGUAAUGCCACCAAUCAGACGGCCGAGUUUAAACAGUCAUUGGUUCUUCCCAUGGUGCUUCAGUACCUCACACCAACAGCUGUUUCCUUUAUUGGCUUGGGUGCUGUGUCUGCCGCUGUCAUGUCGUCCGCAGACUCCAGCAUCCUCUCUGCAAGCUCCAUGUUUUCUCGAAACGUCUAUAAACUUAUCUUCAGACAAAAAGCCUCCGAGAGGGAAGUUGUGUGGGUGAUGCGUAUAGCCAUAUUUGGAGUUGGCGCGGCCGCUACAGCCAUGGCUCUGGCAGUGGGGUCUAUCUACUCGUUGUGGGCCUUGUGCAGUGACCUGGUUUAUGUGAUCCUGUUCCCGCAGCUUUGCUGUGUCAUCUACCUUAAUGGCACCAACACUUAUGGCUCCUUCAUGGGCUACGUACUGGGCAUGGUGCUACGCAUUGGGGGAGGGGAGGAUAAAAUUGGUAUUCCACCGCUCAUUAAGUACCCGUAUUACAAUGACGUGGAUGGCCAAUUGUUUCCUUUCCGUACCUUGGCUAUGAUCGUUUCAUUUGUCACAAUUGUUGUGGUGUCGUACUCUCUGAAGUUUUUGUUUGAGAGGAAAAUUAUACCACUGAAGUUUGAUUUCCUUCGUUGCUUUAGGCAAUAUGAUUUACAAAAACAAACAGGUGCUGAGAAAUACGCAAUGGAGGAAAACAGAGCGUAUUGACCCUUGAAUAUCGGAGACAUUUUUAAAAUAUGAAUCUGUGGCAGACCUUUUACUUUUGACUUCUCGAUACAACGGACCGGAGCUAAUAAGUGAUCAAGUUGUCAUGAACCAAAACUAGUCAGUUACACCGAACCAACUGUGACAACAAAUCAGUGUUAUCGUUUUAAGAACAGGACGCAAAUAAGUAACAGUUUUCGAAUGCUAGGGAAUAAGCACAUUGAAAUCGUAAUAAAUUUGGCGUGCUAUCUUA